UUGGAGCAAGGACACAGCCCCUAGCCAUUUUCAAUCCAACGCGCACGCGGGAAAGUUUCGUAGCGGUCCUUCUUUUAAAAAUUUAUUGCGAUUUUUGAAAAGAGAUUUUGAAAUUAUUUUAUUUUGAUUUUUAGUGCAAGUGUAAAGGUCAACAUUGUGUCGUGGAAAAUAAAUUUUCAGAUAAAACACUAACUAAUGAUGACGCAGUAGACGACGAAACUACUACAAUGAAAAUGAAGAUUCCAGUAAGAAGAUCUUGUAUAUCGCUAAUAGUCCUGUCUGCAUUAGUUGAAACAAUAAGAACAAACGAAAAUGAAACUUCAACUGCAGAAGGUCGAAAAGGUCGAGUCAGUGGACGAAUAGUAAAACUAUAUUCUGGAUAUAAACCCGACCCAGUUUUAUGCCAUGAAGAAGGAUUUAAAGCAGAUCCUGUACAAUGUUCUGCAUUCUAUCGGUGCGUCAAAUCAUCUAGUGGGAAAUUCACAGUUUUCAAAUUUCAAUGUGGGCCGGGCACUGUUUAUGAUCCUGAUACGGAAGUGUGCAACCACCCUAGCAAUACGAAGCGAUCUGAGUGUCGCGGUAUAAAAUCGCACGAUGAAGAAGACAAUGAAAAUGAAAAUGACAUAGACCAGCAUGAACUGCCAUCACCUAUAAGUACAAUCGUACCUGUGUAUACGAGCGCUGCAAAUAAUAUUAUAGGAUAUACUACUUAUAAAGUUCCUAGACUAAAUAAUUCAGGUGUAUACAUACCAUCAACAGAAAAUGGGUACAUAUAUCCUAUAACAACUUCCCCACCUCCUUACGACAUGGAAUCGACGCCACAAAAAGUUCAAGAUAACAAUCAUAACCUAAUAAUUUACCCUUGGACAAAAAAUUCGACUCAACCGAAAAUUACUACAUCGACUACAUUACCUAUUUUAGAAAAAAACCAGCCCUGUACAUCUGAUGGAUUUAUGGGAGAUGGUGAAAACUGUAAAAAAUUCUAUCGGUGUGUCAGCAAUUUACGUGGAGGAUUUAUACGUUAUGAGUUUCUAUGUAGUGAACCCACAGUUUGGGACGACCACAUGCAAAGCUGUAACUACCCUUGGGCCGUUCGAAGCAGACGUUGUGGCCGUGGUGGCAUACACGACGAAAGUUAUACACAAAUCUCGCAUUUGACAAAUAAUGUGGCAUCAGAACAGACGAGUGUAAGUUAUGGAAAUAAAAUUCCUGAAGCUCAGAAUCAAGAAAGUAUACGAAAGGAACCUCCGGCCAGUUACGGAAAUGGAUUAAAGAAUGAAGAUGAAUAUAAUAAAGACAAAAAUCACACAAGUUACGAAUCUCCUAUGGGUAAUAACCCAACAAUGCCAAGCGAUGACAAAGAUAUAGAAACAGAAACAAAUGUUCAAAUGCAUGAUAUAAAUAAUUACAUCAAUUUUGGUCAAAAGAUUACUGCACAAUCUACAUAUUCUACAGAUAAAUUAGCAGAAAAUAGUGUCACACAACAUAGUGGAAUUAGACAAAAUUUUAUUUGUACGCAGAGUGGUUUUAUUGGUGAUUAUAUUGAUUGUAAAAAGUUUUAUAGAUGUGUCGAAAAUGGUAAAGGAAGCUUUACAAAAUACGAGUUUACAUGUAGUCAGGGUACAGUUUGGGACAAGAAAUUAGAAGCAUGUAAUUAUGCUUGGGCUGUAAAAGAAUGUGGUGGUGCAUCAGCAGGUGAUAGUUUAGUAACAGCUGAUAGUCUCAUAUCAAAAACAAGUACAACUGCGACUGUUUUAAGUGAAAACGUUGACAAUGGUUAUAUUAAUCAUUCAAACCAAGAAUAUGAAUCUCCAAGCACUAUAACAGUUAGCACACCUGUAUCUUUAAUAUCAACAACUGCAGCUUCAAACCAAAUAGGUAAAGAAUGCACAGUACCGGGUUUUCUUGGAGAUAAAAAUGAUUGUAAGAAAUUUUAUAGAUGCGUAGAUAAUGGAAGAGGUACAUUUACCAAAUAUGAAUAUGAGUGUGGCGAUGGGACUCUAUGGGAUCAAAACAUUAAAGCAUGUAAUCACGCUUGGGCUGUUCAUUCUUGCAACUCACCUUCGUCAAAUAGUACAAUGCAUACUAGUGAAAAUACCGCUAAAACACAAACUACACCAUUUUUGAUCCAGUCUACAACACCAGAAAAAUUACAAGAUAAUAAUGACUACAGUGACGUUUAUGGACCUCAACUAGAUACGGCAUCACCGAACUCUGAAAUAAAGCAUGAAACGACGUUAGCACCAAUGAUGAAUCAAAAAAAUGAAUGCGAGUCUACAGGAUUUAGAGGCGAUACAAAUGAUUGUAAGAAGUUUUACAGAUGUGUUAGUAAUGGGCAAAGGGGUUUCAUUAAAUAUGAAUUUUCUUGUGGGGAAGGCACUGUUUGGGAUCCUGAAAUUGAAGCUUGCAAUCAUGCCUGGGCAGUGAAGCACUGUGGAAGCAGUAUUCCUUUAAAUCAUGAAGUUACAUCUAGCCCUAUAGAUAAUACACAUUCAUCUACAAAUAUUCAUGAUUUGGGAGUUACUACAACUAUUUCAUCUAUACAAACUACUACAUCACAAAAAGAAAUUGGCGACUAUGAUUCUGGUUAUGGUCAACAACCAAAUGAAUCAACAAAGAUACCUAUUGUUAAUUUAGAAACAACGACAAUCAAGCAAACUCUUGGACAAACAAAUAUUUGUCAGAUGGCUGGAUUUAUUGGAGAUAUUAACAAUUGUAACAAGUUCUACAGAUGUGUAGAUAACGGAAACGGUGGUUUCAUUCAGUAUGAAUUUUCAUGUGGAGAAGGGACUGUUUGGGAUCCAGAAAUAGAAGCUUGCAACCAUGCGUGGGCAGUAAAACGUUGUGGAGGUAGUACUACUUCUGCAAAACCUCCUCUAACAAGUUCUACUACUAAUUUAAAUAUCGUAGAGUCAAGUAAUGGAUAUGUAACGAAUAAUUAUAUAGAUAGACAUAAUGAUUCGUAUAACUUCGUGGAAACAACAACUUUAUCGAGUUCUACAGCCACGUUAACAACUGCUGCGAAUACUAGAAACGAAUGUAAAUCAAGUGGAUUUAUAGGUGACAAUAGUGAUUGUCAGAAAUUCUAUAGGUGUGUGGACAAUGGUGAUGGAGGCUUUGUCAAACAUGAGUUUAUGUGUGGUGAAGGAACAGUUUGGGAUACUAAAAUUGAAGCAUGCAAUCAUAAAUGGGCCGUAGAAAAAUGUGGAGGUGAUUCUCAUAAUGAAUUUGUAGAAACUACGACUCAUUCAUUACCACUUACAAGCCCAGUAACAGAAUCUACAGUGUCUGUUUCUGUUACUUAUUCUUCAUCGACUACAUCCACAACGACAGCAAUGACUCCUUUACCUACUCAUGAAGAUAAGGGAUGUAGAUCAGAAGGAUAUUUCGCAAACCCUAAUGAUUGUAAGAAAUUUUAUCGUUGUGUUUACGAAGAUAAAGAUGGAUAUACUAAGUAUGAGUUCUCUUGUGCAGAAGGUACAGCUUGGGAUGUUAAAAUUCAGUCGUGCAAUUACAUGUCUAAAGUUGAGGCAUGUCAUUCAAAUCAACAUCCAAUGAAUACUACAGAAACAAAACCAGUACAUGAUGAACAAGUAAUGGAAUCAGAAACUUCAAAAAGUACUACAUCAACAUCUACCACGGCAGUAUCUACAACUUCAUCACCUACAACUUUGUCAUCUACAACUUCAUCAUCUACAACUUUUGCGUCUACAACUUCUGCAUCUACAACUUCUGCAUCUACAACUAAAAAUACAAAACCUGCAGGACAAAACACUUGCAAUGAUGAAGGUUAUUUCGGCGAUACCAAUGACUGUAAGAAGUUUUAUAGAUGUGUUUAUGAAAAUGACGGAAAGUAUACAAAGUAUGAUUUUACUUGUGGAGAUGGUACCAUUUGGGAUCAAGACAUUAUCACCUGCAAUCAUCCAAGUGAUGUUAAAACACCCUCAUGCAAGUCUGAAACUGAAAGCACUUCGCCCAUAAGUACAAGUACAAGUACAAGUUCGACAACAAAGAGACCACAACAGACAACAACAGAUAGUAAUGAGACUCCUCCAUCUACUACUACUGUUAAGCCUUCGACGAGUGAUGUAGCUACUAAUAAAAAUGAUACAAACUCAAACUGUAGCAACAGUACAACUGAAAAUCCUAAUAGUAAAAACUUCACUUGUUCUAAAGCUGGAUUUUAUGCUGAUCAAAGUAACUGCAAAAAGUUUUACAGAUGUGUUGAUUGGGAAAAUAAUGGCAAAAAGUUUUCAGUAUAUCACUUUGAAUGUGCUGAUGGCACAAUAUGGGAUCCAGCUCUUGAAACCUGUAACCACGAAGAUUCCGUAUAUCCACCUCGCAAUUGCAAUACUACACAACAACAAAACGAGAGCACAGCAGUAACAUCUACAACUACAGAACAAAUAACAACUACUACCAACCAAACUGAAUCAACAACUACUUCAUCUAAACCUACUAAAACUACAACAAAAUCUACAACAACCAGUGAAUACUCAUCAACUCAAACUACACAGACAUCACCAACGGAAAAACCAACAACUCAAUUAUCAACAACGCAGUCAACAACAACACAGUCAUCGACAACUGAUGAAUCAACAACACAGACUUCCACGAUGCAAUCAUCGACAACUGAUGAAUCAACAACACAGACUUCCACAACGCAGUCAUCAACAACUGAUGAAUCAACAACACAAACUUCCACAACACAGUCAUCAACAACUGAUGAAUCCACGACACAAACUUCCACAACUCAGUCAUCAACAACUGAUGAAUCCACGACACAAACUUCCACAACUCAGUCAUCAACAACUGAUGAAUCAACAACACAAACUUCCACAACGCAGUCAUCUACAACUGACGAGUCAACAACACAAGCUUCAACAACGCAGUCAUCAACAACUGAUGAAUCAACAACACAAACUUCUAAUACGCAGUCAUCAACAACCGAUGAAUCAACAACACAAUCUUCCACAACACAGUCAUCAACAACUGAAGAGUCAACAACACAGUCAUCAACAACCAAAGAGUCAACAACAGAGGAGUCAACAACAUCAACAACGGAAAAUAACCCGGAAUCAUCAACUACAGAAACUUCAACUAAAAAAGAAUGUCCCGACACCGCUGAUGAUCAAUCUUUAUAUGUCUGCCCUACAUCAUUCAAAAGACAUCCUAAGUAUUGCAAUUUAUUCUAUCAAUGCACUGAAGAUAAUGCCAAUCAUGAGCUAAAAAUAGCGGUAUUCCAUUGUCCAAACAAUACUAUAUAUGAUGAAAGUAAAGUUAAAUGUGUGGCAGAAAACAACAGCAGUAAAAAGUGUAAUGGACAAAUAUCACAAAAACACACUGUAAAACAACUAGGUGCUUCCCAAAAUGACCCGUUUGUUGUCACCAAGAAAAGUAUGGCGUGUCCAAGUUCUGGGCACUUUCCUUUUGAAAAAGACACGGAGUGUUCAUCGUCUUUACUUAAAUGUGAAUUAACAAAAUCUGGAACAUUGCAAGGUUUUGUUUAUAGAUGUCCAGAUGGUUACGUGUAUUGGAAUAUUAGCAGAAGAUGCGAGCCAAUAAGAAAAGUAAGAGAUUGCAAACGUUCAUCUUAUCCGUGGAAAAGAAGAUAUGACAUACCAUUGGAAACUUCUAACAUAUCACCUUAAAAUUAUUGCUAAAGAACAGUUUGUACGUUUUAUGUGCAAUAAAAAGUGUUAAGUUAUGAUAACUUGUAGAUAAUAGAUUUGUUUGAAAUUAAGAAGCAAUGUAGCCUACGAACUUUAAACUCAGUGUUGAUUUAGUAAUUAUUCUAGUCCGCUGUCUAUUAUAAAAAUAUGAUGGAUUUUACUCAGUGUAAAAGUGCUGCCAUAAUCCUAAGGAAACGAAUAAUAUUACCUGUCAUUUGUGAACGAAAUAUUGUACUAAAUAUAUUACGGACAUUAUUUUGAUCACGACUGAUUAGAAAAAGAUUCAAAAUAAAUAAUUUAUUAUAAA